AGGAGUCCAGGCCAGGCCAGAGUCUGAGCAGGCAAGCCUGGUUCCUGCUGUCUCCACCAUAGAAGGCAGCACCAUGCGCUCACUGACCAGGACACCAGGCAUGGCCCGAAGACCUGCAAGAGUGGCUGAUGUGACUCUUUGAUCCGCAGAGGAAGAGCUAGCAAGCACCACCUGCUCCUAACAGCCAUGCAUGCUUUCUGCAGCUCCGGACCCUCCAUGUGCCAAGACCCAUGAUGACACCCAACAGCACUGAGCUGUCGGCCAUUCCCAUGGGGGUUCUGGGGCUUUCCUUGGCCCUGGCAAGCCUCAUCGUCAUCGCCAACCUGCUCCUGGCCCUAGGCAUCGCCCUGGACCGCCACUUGCGCAGCCCACCUGCUGGCUGCUUCUUCCUAAGCCUACUACUAGCCGGGCUGCUCACAGGGCUGGCACUGCCCAUGCUGCCUGGGCUAUGGAGCCGGAACCAUCAGGGCUACUGGUCCUGCCUCCUUCUCCACUUGACCCCCAACUUUUGUUUCCUUUCCCUGCUUGCCAAUCUGCUGCUGGUGCAUGGGGAACGCUACAUGGCAGUGUUGCAGCCACUCCGGCCCCAUGGAAGUGUGCGGCUAGCCCUGUUCCUCACCUGGGUCAGCUCCCUGUUCUUUGCCAGCCUGCCUGCUCUGGGCUGGAACCAUUGGAGCCCUGAUGCCAACUGCAGCUCCCAAGCUGUCUUCCCAGCCCCCUACCUCUACCUGGAAGUUUAUGGCCUCCUGUUGCCUGCCGUGGGGGCCACUGCCCUUCUCUCUGUCCGCGUGUUGGCCACUGCCCACCGCCAGCUGUGUGAGAUCCGCCGACUGGAGCGGGCAGUGUGCCGCGAUGUACCCUCAACCCUGGCUAGGGCUCUCACCUGGAGGCAGGCUAGGGCACAGGCAGGAGCCACACUGCUCUUCUUGCUGUGUUGGGGGCCCUAUGUGGCCACAUUGCUCCUGUCAGUCUUGGCCUAUGAGCGUCGCCCACCACUAGGGCCUGGAACUCUGUUAUCGCUCAUCUCAUUGGGCAGCACCAGUGCUGCCGCUGUGCCUGUGGCCAUGGGGCUGGGUGAUCAGCGCUACACAGCCCCCUGGAGGACAGCUGCCCAAAGGUGUCUACGAGUGCUUCGAGGAAGAGCCAAGAGGGACAAUCCAGGCCCCAGCACUGCCUACCACACCAGUAGCCAAUGCAGCAUUGACCUGGACUUGAAUUAGGGAAGCAGCAGCUACUGCUGCCUCCCAGAACACUCUUCUAUCUCACAGUGCCCCACUUCUUUGGAUUGGAACCCUCACUCCAUGAGACCUCACCCAGACCAAAUAAAUCUCUGGCCAUCA